GAGCAAGUUCGAAACUAUGCUUGUUAGUUUCGCUUUUAUUUUAGUAUGACGCUUGCAGUAAAGAUAAUCUACUUUGGAACUGGGAAACAGAUUCAUGUCUUCAGGAACAAGCAACCAGGAAGAUAGCAGAGAAGUGAUCAUGGCAUCUGAUGACUUGUUUUCACAGAAUCUUGUAAUUAGAGUACUGCGGGAUCAGGUACAGAGGGCAGGUAGGCUUGCACACACUAUUCCAGAACUGCAGCCAAUGAAUGAUGAGCAGGAGAAGUUACUGGAACAGAUGGCUGAAGUCAUCAUAUUAUACGGGGACGAUCUUGAUCGGGAUGUAAAAUUUAAAAACAUGGUCGAUGGGUUUGCACGUGUGGCGGAUAGUCAGAGUUUUCUGAUGCUUGUAGAUAAAGUUUUUGUUGAUGGUAUCACCUGGGGCAAAAUUGUCAUGCUGAUCUGUGUUGUUGGAAAAUCACUGGCUAAGAUUCUUGCUGACUUAGUCUCAGUAAUUGUGUCUUGGACACUAGAUUACUUCAAGAAUAAGCUGCUGUAUUGGAUCUGCAAUAUGGGAGGAUGGAUAAAUAGUAUCUCUUCCUUGGCUCAUUACUCCUAUGAGCAAGAUUCUGGUUCUUCAACCAGCCUGGUCUCACCUUUCUCUGGAGUCGUAUUUAUCAGUGGGCUACUGCUUGGUGGCCUCAUUGUCUGGAGACUAAACAGAUGUGCCUGAGUGGGGUCAAGGGAGGUUUGAAGUGUGAAAAGGAAAGCUAAAGGAUGGAUGCAGUAAUGGACCAUAACAAACCAAAAAUGGUUUGGAGACCAAAAAAGAAAAAUAGGAGAAGAGAAUGCUGCUUGGGAUUGGCAUGCACUAUUUUGAAGUUUCAUAGAUAUUAGUCUUUUCUUAUAAAAAAAAGUUUUAAUUGGAAGAGUAUAUAAUUGCAUAUUAUGAUAUUUGCAAAAAAUAAAAGUGAAAUGAGGUGAAAAAGUAUAAAUAAUAUAUUGAGAAAGGAGAGAUAAAAGAAUGGCACUUUUCUUAUAUAUAUAUUAUAGCAUUUUUGAAAGCAUGUCCAAAAGGGGAAGUAUAGCAAAAACCAGCAAGACUUGAAAUAUCAGAGUGCAGUACAAGACUGUUUACUGUAAUCUCUAGUGGUCUCUACCUCAGUUUCACUAGUGCCAUUAUUUUACAUUUAGAUUUUCAUUGAAACUAUGACUCUUU